CACGCGCCACGCCUUGUCUCUCUCGGUCUCAGCCUCGGCCUCGGCCUCUUCCUUUCCUAGCGGCGACGAUAGGGCGAGUGCCGCCGCCCGCCAGUUCUUCGUCGGGCGCUUCGCCGGCGACGAGCAUCCUACACGGGUGGGCGUCUUAUUGGUGUACAUCAGAUUCCAGCUACCAUCGUAAUGCCCCCAUUGAGCAAUGCGUAGAACCUGCCGCUCACAAGACUCCACCUUUGCUACUUUUACUGCUAUACUAGGCAAUGGCCAAACUCCCAGUUGUUGCACGCAGUGCAAUUAGGAAACCUAACGAAAGCAUGAGGCUUAUUGUAGUAACAAUCGUCGGUGUGGUCUUUGGUUUCUUUAUCGGAAUCUCAUUCCCAACAGUUAGCAUAACAAAGCUUCACUUUCCAUCUAGCAUUGUUUCUUAUAUAGAGGACAGGAACUCAGGCCUGUCAGCUCAAGCUAUACUCAAUCAUGCUUGGACUUCGGCCAGGAAUGCAAGGGGAAAUGGCUCUGUACCAAACACAAAUGAUACCUUGAAGAUUUAUGUACCAACAAACCCCAGGGGUGCAGAGAGCCUAGCACCUGGUAUUGUUGUACCAGAGUCUGAUUUUCAUCAGCACAGGUUAUGGGGAAACCCAGAUGAGGACCUACCUUUCAAGCCGAAGUACCUUGUUACUUUUACUGUCGGCAUUUCACAGAAAGAGAACAUAAAUAGGGCUGUCAAGAAGUUUUCGAGAGAUUUUGCUAUCCUGUUGUUUCACUAUGAUGGCCGGGUGAGUGAAUGGGAUGAAUUUGAAUGGUCAAAGCGAGCUAUCCAUGUAAGCAUCCGGAAACAAGCAAAAUGGUGGUAUGCUAAAAGAUUCUUGCACCCUGAUAUCGUGGCAGCCUAUGAGUAUAUAUUUAUCUGGGAUGAGGACCUUGGAGUAGAUCAUUUUAAUGGUGACGAGUACAUUAAACUUGUCAAGAAAUAUCAACUAGAAAUCUCACAACCUGGUUUAGAGCCAGAUAAGGGAUUGACAUGGCAGAUGACCAAAAGAAGAGGGGACCGUCAGGUUCACAUGGUUACAGAGGAGAGAGAAGGCUGGUGCUCAGAUCCUCACGUCCCCCCAUGUGCUGGGUUUGUUGAAAUUAUGGCUCCAGUUUUCUCCAGAGAUGCAUGGAGAUGUGUGUGGCAUAUGAUUCAGAAUGACUUAAUUCAUGGAUGGGGUCUUGAUUUUGCUCUCCGGAGAUGUGUGGAGCCUGCUCAUGAGAAAAUCGGUGUUGUUGAUUCCCAAUGGAUCGUGCACCAAGUGGUUCCUUCUCUCGGGAACCAGGGGCAGUCGGAGAAUGGGAGGGCACCAUGGGAAGGGGUAAGAGAGCGUUGCCGGAAAGAAUGGGGAAUUUUCCAGACAAGAAUGGCUGAGGCGGAGAAAGCGUAUUACGAGAUGAUGGGUGUAACUCCCCCAAACGUAACAUUCGUCUCAUAGGAUGAAAUUCUGAUGUUAAUUCCACUCGAAUUGUUUUUUUGGUCAAUCAGUAGCCCUUGGAGUAGAUGUAGAUAUUGAUGAUGAUACGUGUAGAGCACACAAGAUAUUAUAUAUAUUAAUCAAAAUUCUUUGAUCCCUUCUCCUGUA